ACCAGCGCGCUCACAUCGCCGCUCCUGCUGCGCAGUUCGGACGGACUGUCCUGACUCUUGGAGACAGACGUGUGUUUGGUGAAUAGAAGUUCGGUGAUGGCGUCUAGAGUUCUUUUCAGCCUGUCGCGCAUCGUGAAGCCCCGUCCAGCGGCGCCACUUUUCAGGACCGCUCUGAGGUCGAGUUCUACUGGCGGGGGAAUUCCUACUGAUGAAGAGCAAGCUACAGGACUGGAGCGUAAAACAUUGCAGGCCUUGAAGAAGGGACAGGACCCGUAUAGCAUUUUUAAACCCAAGAAUUAUGCUGGAACCAAAGAGGAUCCACACAUCGUGCCUUCAAUUGGAAACAAAAGACUUGUUGGCUGCAUUUGCGAAGAAGACAAUACUGCAAUUGUUUGGUUUUGGGUUCAUGAAGGCAAUGUGCAGCGCUGCCCAUCUUGUGGUUCUCACUACCAGCUUGUUCACCAUGAACUACCACACUAAAGAAAUUCUGCAAGUCUAUCUGAAGAUAAAAUAUUUUUUGUGAGGAUUUCCUUUAAAGAAUAUAGUUGUACUUUAAUAAAAUAAAUUAAAACUGACCACUA